UGGUGUGGAAAGAUUAGUCGUUUAUCGAAAGAUUUUGUGAAAUCUUCAGUGCUGAAGCUAUCCAGCACCUUUCAACAUGAGUGCCGGACAGUUUGAAGAUGCUCUGGAAGAUGCAACCGAAUAUUUGGGUGUUGUGGACUUGAACGAGAAACUGAAGGCAACCGUGCCUACGUCGAAAGUAAAUGGUGCUUCGCCGGCGGUAACGAAAAUCGAAAUACAAGAUGCCCUAUUUGGAACCGGCAAGAUUGAGUCCGAAAAAGAGCAGUGGGAAGAAUACGACUAUGAUUACGAUGAUGAUGACGACGACGAUCUAGAUGAUGAUCAUUUCUACUGCUACGAAGGCGGAGAAAUUAAACGAAACCAACAGCUAAACCUUCUGCAAUCGCACACCAACACCCAGAGCGUUAGCCAGAAGGUGUCACACUUUCAACCGGCCGAUACGCUUUUCAAAAAGUUUACCAAUCGCAUCAACGUGGAAAAGUACGACGGUCCAUCGUCGCUGCCCAGCCAUGCCAAGAACACGCUCAUCGAAACACAGCGCAAAGCGGACAGUGAUCGGUUGCGUAGCAAGGACAAGCAGGAUCGGGCAACGGUCGAGCAAGUGAUGGAUCCCCGCACCCGCAUGAUUGUAUUCAAGCUCCUCAACCGGGCCAUGAUAAAUGAAAUCAACGGUUGCAUCUCGACGGGCAAGGAGGCCAAUGUUUACCAUGCCACGUCAAGCACCGGGAUGGACUACGCGAUCAAAAUCUUCAAAACUUCGAUCCUCACGUUCAAGGAUCGCGACAAGUACGUAACGGGCGAGUACCGGUUUCGGCAUGGGUACAACAAACAUAACCCCCGUAAAAUGGUUCGCACCUGGGCGGAAAAGGAGAUGCGCAAUCUCGUGCGAAUGAAAAAGUGUGAGCUCCCCGUCCCGGAACCGAUUCUGCUGCGUGGUCACGUGUUGGUAAUGGAAUUUAUUGGGCGUGAUGGAUGGCCAGCAUCGAAGCUGAAGGAUGUCGAGCUGAGCACGUCGAAAGCCCGCGAACUGUACCGGGACGCGGUAGUAAUGAUGUGGAUCAUGUACAAUCGCUGCAAGCUGGUCCAUGCCGAUUUGUCCGAGUUUAAUCUACUUUACCACGAGGGUAAGAUCAUUAUCAUCGAUGUGUCACAGUCCGUUGAGCACGAGCACCCGCACGCACUGGAAUUCCUGCGCAAGGAUUGCACCAACGUGACGGAAUUUUUCCGUAAACGUGAUGUCUCCACGAUGACGGUCAAAGAACUGUUUGACUUCAUCACCGACGCCACGAUCACUCCCGAGACGAUGGAAGGUUGCCUGGAACGUAUAUCGGAGAAGAUCGCUAACCGAAGCUUCGACGAAUUUACCGAGCUGCAAAAGAUUGAGGAGGCCGUGUUUAAGCGGAUAUUUAUCCCGAAAACCCUGCACGACGUCUACGAUGCUGAACGGGAUGUGUUCGACACGCGCGAGGAGGAUCUGGUGUACAAAACGAUCACAGGGCUAGGAGCGGUUGAGAAGCAGCCUUCCAACCAACCCGUUGUACCAGAAGACGCUUUGGACUCGAAAGAUGGCAAUAGUUCUGAAGAGUGCAGUGAUUCAGAGCAUUCAUCUAAUGACGAAGACGAUGAAGAAGGUGGAAACGAAGGAAAGGGAAGUGCAGUAAUUGUGCGAGCGAAGGAUGAAACGGCCGAAGAGCGUCGAGCACGGAAAAAGGCCGUUAAGGAUGAAAAAGCUGAAAAGCGAAAAGCAAAAGUAAAGAAACACAUUAAAAAGCGCAAGGAGAAAAUGGGCCGAAAAUAAGCGAAAACAGGGAAGGGGGGACAACAACCCAAUAAUUAUAUUGUUGAUG